AUGACCUGCUUGAUUGCCCUGGCCUACACACUGGGACCGUUCACAGUCUCACUUAUCACGAACAGCGAGGGAAGCGUCGGAACGAGGUGGGCGUAUCGAUCAAUAUUUGUCGCCCAGUAUGGCUUUGCGGCAAUUGCCACUGCCUUCGUGUUCUUCAUGCCUGAGUCACCCUGGUGGCUUGCGAGCAAAGGCCGUGACGAGAAAGCCCUCCGCAGCUUGAAGCGUCUCGAAUCUAGCUCUUCUCCAGAAGAGACUAUGAAGCACCUAGCCAACAUCAAAGUAACCCUCGAAGAAAUACGCCGCGAAACAGCAGGCGUCACAUACCUCGAAUGCUUCCGCAAGUCCAAUCUCCGCCGCACCAUCGUCUCCAUUGCGCCUCUCAUAAUCUAA